AUGCCAGCCGCAGUGACCAUGAGUAUUAAUCUGAGUCAGAUGGUGAUGUCAAGAACUCUCUUCCUUCGUCCCUCUGGAGGUGCAUCGAGACCCGUUUCAUCGGCGAAGCGUUGUUUGUUUGAAGUGGAUCACGAAAAGAACCGACAGGACCUGGAUGCUGAAAUGCGCAUCCAAGAAGAGAAGUUCAAGGAGAAAUACAACUUCGAUCCCCGUACGGAUACCCCGUUACAUGGACGGUUUGAGUGGGUUAAGGUAGAGGAGCCCAGCGUUGCAAUUGAAGAGGCUACUGAAACCAGGUCGACGACUUCAGAUGAACCGGUGAAAAAUAAUGAUGUGCCCGUACAGGCGUUAACUGAAUCCAAGAUUCCUUCCCAAACAGCGACGCAGACUUCGAUAACAAAUUACUUUCCGCUCCGCAAGCGUCGAGCAGAGUGCAAGGCCCCGACUUCGGACACGUGCAAGAUUCGUCGCUCUUCAGCCGCCGAAACAGGACACUAA